GUGGUUCCUAGACGUAUAACUCACAUGGCGAAGACGACUGCAACAUCUGCAACGCAAAAGACGUGAAGUUUAUUUUCUUUUUGACAGUCACUUUAUCUUAUACCAGCAAUGCCGAAAUCGAAAAGAGACAAGAAAAUAUCAUUAACAAACACUCGGAAGAAGGGGCUAGAAUUGAAACAAAACCUUAUCGAGGAGGUCCGAGCGAGUGUUGAUAGAUAUGCCAGAAUCUUCAUCUUCUCAGUGGAAAACAUGCGAAACAGUAAAAUUAAAGAUGUCAGGAAUAUGUGGAAACACAGUCGGUUUUUCUAUGGAAAGAACAAAGUGAUUGCUGUGGCCCUUGGUAAGGACAGGGCGGGCGAGUACCGCGAAGGUCUACACAUGAUCAGCAGCAAACUGAAAGGCAACGUGGGGUUACUGUUUACCAAUGAAACCAAGGAGGCAGUCAUUGAGUGGUUUGAUGAGUACGUGGAGCCAGAUUUUGCCCGAUCAGGAAAUGUCGCCCGAUCAACGGUGGUUCUGGAUGAGGGACCCCUGACGCAAUUCACCCACUCAAUGGAACCGCAUCUAAGACAACUAGGACUUCCAACAUUACUCAAGAAAGGUGUCGUUUUGCUGGUCGGUGAACACACCGUAUGCAAAGAAGGUGAACCGCUUACCCCAGAGCAAGCGAGGAUACUGAAACUUCUCGGCAACGCGAUGGUCGACUUCAAGAUCGACCUUCUGGCAAUGUGGUCUAACAAUGGGACAUUUGAAGAUUUGAAAACCUCAGAAGUCACAGAUGCGAGGAGUUACCGGACAACACAAGAAACAGAAGAGCGAAGCGACGGGGAGCAAGAAGUAGAAGGAAAGGAGGAGGAAGAAGAUGAUGAGGAAGAGGAAUAAAAACAAUUUACCUUGGACUCACCAUUUACAACAUCAACAGUAAAUGGUUUACCAUGAGUUCCAUGACUGACUUGACCAUCGUGGAAAAAAAAUCGGCAGAGUUACAGCAAUCAACACUAAACAAUUCAUUUUGAACUCCUCACUCACUUGACUCAUGGAAAUACUAAUGGGUAUAUGUUAUAACCAUCAGCAGUAAUGGUUUACCAUGAGCUAAUGACUGACUUAAAUUAUUGUCAUGGAAAAAGUAAUUAGUUGGUUUUAUAACCAUAACUACGAACAGUAAACGGUUUACCAUGAGCUCAUAUCUGACAUGACUGUCAUGGCAAUAGUUAUUGGUUGAUAUAACCAGGUCCAUCAAUAAACGGUUAACCAUGAGCUCAUGCAUGAUUUGAUUGUCAUGGAAAUAGUAAGUAGUUGUAAUAACCAGAACUAUCAACAGUAAACGGUUUACCAUGAGCUCUUGACUGACUUGUCCGUCAUGGAAAUAGUUAAUAUUUGUUGAUUGGCAUAAGCAGAGCCAUCAACAGCGGUUUACCAUGGGCUCAUGCACAGUUUGAUUGUCAUGGAAAUAGGAAAUAGUAAGUACAUGUAGUUGAUGUAACCAGAACUGUCGACAGUAAACAGUUUACCGCGAGCUCAUGACUGACUUGCCUGUCUUGGAAAUAGUAAUUGGUUGAUAUUAUAACCAGAUCUACCAAAAGUAAACGGUUUACUUUGAGCUCAUGACUAACUUGACUGUCAUGGAAAUAGUUAUUGGUUGGUUUAACCAGAACCAUCAACAGUAAAUGGUUUACCAUGAGCUCAUGACGGACUUGAUUAUGAUGAGAAUCGUAAUCGGUUGAUAUUCCAGCCAUCAGCAGUAAACAUAAAAGAUUCAGAUUAUCUCAACAGUCGUCAAUACACUUGCCACACUAGGACUACUCUCUCGAUCUUCUGAACUCUAAACCUCCGGUACCAUUUGAAAUCCACCAGGGUGUCUUGAAGUAUUUUCCAGUUUUGAGGCAGGUAAACCCCAGACUUUACAUGGGUUGGAUGGAGCUCAAAUGUUUAGUUACAUACAGGGUGGUGCAAAAAGAAGGAAACCCACUUUUGACAGCAAUUUUCUUGGU